AUGUUUUCUCGCCUCGCUUCGCUGCUCCAGCUCGUGGUCCUCCUCGGGACUGCUACCGCUUCGCCGACACACGACACUCCAGCGGUUGUUCGUCCCAUCACAGUGUCCAUCUCGACCUCCUCCGACCUCUCCUCAUCGCCGUCGUCAUUGUCUGCGGCCUCGUUGUCUUCGACCGCUGCGUCAACGUCAUCUCCUUCGACACCUCUUGCAACUGCGGCCUUGGAUAAAGCACAGGUCAUCGGAAUUGUCAACGGAUCAGUUACCACCUUCAACGGCAUUCCGUUCGCCGAGCCACCAGUAGGCGACCUCCGUCUCCGCUUUCCCGUACCCAUCCACGGCUACAACGGCACAAUCGAUGCCACCCAGCCUGCGACGCAAUGCAUUCAGCUCGAACCGCAGAUCCGUGUAGACAUGCCGCCGCAGAUGCUUCAGGAUGUGGUAGCCUACUCCGCCAGCGUCCUCCCUACGAGCUCGGCUCCACAAAGUGAAGAUUGCUUGAACAUCAACGUGCAAAUACCUACUGGUACUAAGCCUGGAGAAAAGCUCCCUGUGGUUGCUUAUAUCUUCGGGGGUGGCUUCGUCGUUGGCUCGAAUGCACAGAUAUCCGGUGAUGCGCUUGUCGCCAGGUCGGUCGAAAUGGGGCAGCCCGUCAUCUUUGCUGCGAUGAACUACCGCCUCCACGCUUUUGGCUUCCUCGGUGGCAAGGAAGUCAAGGAUGCCGGCGUUGGCAACCUUGGUCUCCAUGACCAGCAUGGGCGCAGAGCGUGCAAGCUGGUUGGCGUCGCCGGUCAGGAAGGGAGAGCCGGCAGCAGGGUCAUUCGGAUAGAGGUUGAAGAGAGGCUCGAGGAGCGCAGCAGAGGGGACGUGAGGGAAGAAAAACUGGUGCACGUAGUCACGGAACUGCUGCUCAGUCCUGUGUACAUCAUAAGCGAUAGAUUCGAAGGAGCAUGGGUACUGAAGACGUACGUGAUGUUGAAGCUUCCGGUGGCAAAGAUCGUGCCUUCGUCCAGCGCGUCCCCCGAGAUGAACGGAAUGUCCGCGACCUGGUUGGCAAGUACCAAAUGCUCCGGAGGCGCGAUCGGCUGGAGCUCUUCAAUGUACCCAGUGGGGAUUGUGGAGCCGGCGCUCAUGACUGACCCACGGAAGAGGCCUUCAGUAUUACCACCAUUCGUGACCAUCUGGAGCGCCGAGGAGAUCGCGCCAGAGGAUGGCCCCCAGAGGGUGACCUUCUCGGGAUCACCACCGAAGGCGGCGAUAUUCUUCUGGAUCCAGCGGAGAGCCUGGCCGAUGUAUAAGCGGAUGGCGGCUUUCCAGGGCGACAUGAUCUUCCAGGCGCCCCGCAGGUUUAUCCUCGACCAGCGUUCGUCCAAGCAACCCACUUGGUCCUACAUCAGCGAACGCGGCGCUGUUCCCGGACUGGGCUUCGCACACGGGACCGACAUUGCUUCUGCGAUCUCCGGACAGGAGCUCGCGGACUACAUCAUCCAGUUCACAGCGACGCAGGACCCGAACGGGAAGAACGGCACCGCGUCGGAGCAUACCAUCUACUGGCCCAAGUACGACACCGCGAAGCGGCAGGUGCUGUCGGUCCUCAACGACUCGCUUGCGAUUGGAAACGAUACGCUGCGCCUGGAACCUAUAGCAAGUCUUACUGCACUCAGCCUCGCGUUCCCGCUGUAA